UUGAUUGAUUGAACUAUUCGUCAUUGUUAGUUUAUUUUUUCGAUUGGCUUUUUGCAAUCAUCAACAAUCCUACUACUGUCCUGAAAACCAGAAGAAGAAAAAAACAAUUGAUAAUCAUCAUAAUGGCCAUUAUUAUUAUGACUUUAUUACGACAAUUUCAUUUUUCCACAUUCAUAUUCCUAUACUAUGGCCUGAUUUGUCUUUCACAAUCACGAAGGUUAUAUCAACCAAGAGUAUUUAAUCAAUUAUCAUCAUCAUCAUCAUCAUCAUCAUCAUCGUCGUCGUCGAUGAAAGAAAAUGCAGCAUCAAUUAUACAGCCAAAUAAACGGCUAGUUUGUUAUUAUACAAAUUGGUCACAAUAUCGGCCAAAAGAGGGCAAAUAUGUUCCCGAAGAUAUUGAUCCAUUUCUUUGUACGCACAUUAUAUUCAGUUUUGGUUGGAUGAAAUCCAAUAAAUUAACUUCAUUCGAUUCAACUGAUGAAACAUUGAAUAAUAAAAAAGGAACCUAUGAACGUGUGAUUGAAUUGAAGAAAAAAAAUCCAAAUCUCAAAAUAUUAUUGGCCGUUGGUGGCUGGUCAUUCGGCACGGAACGUUUCCGGACAAUGGCAUCCACACGUUAUAAUCGUCAAGUGUUCAUUUUUAGUGCUUUAGAUUAUUUACGGCAAAGAAAUUUUGAUGGUCUUGAUAUUGAUUGGGAAUUUCCUAAAGGCAGUGAUGAUAAACGAAAUUUUGUUGAUCUACUUAAAGAAUUACGUAUUGCAUUUGAAUCGGAAGCAAUUGAAAAAAGUUUACCACGUUUAUUGUUAAGUGUGGCUGUAUCGGCUGGUGCUGAAACCAUUAAAAGUGGUUAUGAUGUUCCAGGAGUUGCAAAUAAUGUUGAUUUUAUCAAUAUCAUGUCAUAUGAUUUUCAUGGUAAAUGGGAACCAAAAACCGGUCAUAAUGCACCAUUAUAUGCAUUAUCAACGGAAACUGAUUGGCGUAAACAACUUACAAUGGAAUAUGGUGUAAAAAUGUGGGAAAAACUUGGUGCAUCCAAGGAUAAAAUCAUUGUCGGACUAGCUACAUAUGGUAGAAGUUUUACAUUAUCAUCCACUGGUAAUAAUGGUUUCAAUGCACCAACUUCUGGUGGUGGUAAAGCCGGUGAAUAUACACGUGAAUCAGGAUUUUUAGCAUUUUAUGAGAUAUGUGAAAUGCUUAAAAAUGGUGCCAAAUACAUUUGGGAUGAAGAACAAAAAGUACCAUAUGCUAUUCAAGGUGAUCAAUGGGUUGGUUUUGAUGAUGAACGAUCCAUACGGGAAAAACUUCGAUGGAUCAUUGAUAAUGGUUAUGGUGGCGCUAUGGUUUGGACUGUUGAUAUGGAUGAUUUUAAAGGCACCUGUGCUGAAAAGAAAUAUCCAUUAAUCAGUAUUAUGGCCGAAGAACUUAUGGAGGCCAAAACAAAAUCUAAAUUUGAUUCAAUCAUUCAAAAAGCCAUGAUAGCUGAUCAAUCGACAAAAGUGUUCGUGCCAAGCACUGAUAUUAACAUGAUUAUUGAUAAACCAAAAGUUGUGCCCACUACACCGGCCAUAAUUAAACCAAUGAAAAAUGGAAAUGAUACAAACGCUCGAGUUGUUUGCUAUUUUACCAAUUGGUCACAUAAAAGACCUGGUCAAGGUCAAUUUACGCCGGAACAUUUAGAUCCAUUUCUAUGCACACAUGUUAUCUACGCAUUUGCCAAUCUAAAUAGUGAAUUUAAAUUAAUACCCAGUGAACCGAAUGAUGAAAUUGCCAAUGGUCUUUAUGAACGUGUAUUAUCAUUGAAAUCAAAAAAUCCUAAACUUAAAAUUUUAAUUGCCGUCGGUGGAUGGAUGAUGGGGCCGAUACCAUUUCGUACAUUGACAGAAAGUGCAUAUCGUCAGACAUUAUUCACAUUUAAUGUUGUAGAAUUUCUAAGAAAAAGAGGAUUCGAUGGAUUAGAUGUUUGUUGGGAAUUUCCUCGUGGUACAGAAGAUAAAGAACGUUAUACAAAAUUAUUAAAAGAAUUACGUGAAACUUUUGAUGGUGAAGCUAAAGGUUCGGGUAAACCACGAUUAUUACUUUCGGCAGCCGUACCAGCUAGUUUUGAAGCCGUAAAUAGUGGUUACGAUGUUCCUGAAGUUAAUAAAUAUUUAGAUUUCAUCAACAUUAUGACAUAUGAUUUUCAUGGUGAUUGGGAGAAAAAUGUUGCCCAUAAUUCACCAUUGUUUCCAAUACAAGCUGCAACCGAUUAUCAACGUAAAUUGACAGUGGAUUUCAGUGUCAAUGAAUGGAUCAAUAAAGGUGCUUCAAGGGAGAAAAUUGUUGUUGGAUUACCAACCUAUGGUCGAUCAUUCACAUUAGCUAGUCCAAAUUUGACCGAUAUUGGUGAUCCGGCAAUCAAAGGUGGAAAUCCAGGAAUAUAUACCAAAGAAUCGGGAUUUCUUUCAUUUUUUGAGAUUUGUGAUAUGCUUAAAAUGGGUGCAACAUUGGUCUGGGAUAAUGAACAAAUGGUACCAUAUGCUUAUCUUGGUGAUCAAUGGGUUGGUUUUGAUGAUCCAAGAAGUUUUAAAGUCAAAACACAAUGGCUUAAACAAGCCGGUUUAAGUGGCAUUAUGAUUUGGUCAAUUGAUAUGGAUGAUUUUUCUGGUUCAUGUAUGGGACAAAAAUUUCCACUUAUAAAUGCUGCCAAAAAUGAUCUUAAAGGUUAUUAUGUGGAAAAUAUUGAUGAAACUAUAGCGAAUACUUUGUCCACUAAAUCUGAAAACAACAAAGAUGAAGUAAAAUGUGAUGAAGCCGAUGGUCAUAUUAGCUAUCAUAAAGAUAAAAAUGAUUGUACCAUGUAUUUUAUGUGUGAAGGUACACGUCGUCAUCAUAUGCCUUGUCCACAGAAUUUAGUAUUCAAUAUAAAAGAAAAUGUCUGUGAUUGGCCAGAGAAUGUUGAAGAAUGUGCAACCGCAUUGCUGGGCAAUGGCGAUAAUAACGGUAAUGAUAAAUCAACGUAAAUUGGAAUUUUUUUUUUCAUUUCAUCAUCAUCAUCAUCAUCAUCAUCAUCACUAUUGAUAUUCCAUAUACAGA